AUGGCGGCGGCGGCUUCACCUCGCCGGGCCUUUCCUCCCUCCCUCUCCCCCCGGGCAGGGGCCGGACGGGCCGUGCCGCCAUAUUGGCUGUUGUCCUGGCUGCGGCGGCGGCGGGCCGCGUUCGCCAUGACUCGCAGGCGGAACAAGGCGGCGGCAGCAGCAGCAACAACGACGGCGGCGGCGGGUGGCGCCUCCGGGCCUCGCCGUGAGAGGGUGGGGGGUUCCGACGCUGGUCCUCCUCCUCCCCCUCCUCCGCCGCCGCCACCGGAACCGCCCGCCCCGUCUGAGGUGGUGGCGGCGGGCAGCAGCGGGGAGCCGGGCAGAGCCACCGCUCAGGUGCUGCCCACCGCCAACCAGUCAGUGCAGACGUGCUGCCUGCUCUGUCACCGGGAGCGCAAGGACUGGGGAGGGCCGUCCCACAAUGGGCUGGUUUCCCCGGGCGAGAGGCUGCCACCGGACUUCGUGCCAACGCUUGUGCAGAACCUCCUGGGAGAGAUGCCACUGUGGAUCUGCCAGAGUUGCCGGAAGAGCGUGGAGGAGGAAGAGCGGCGGGCAGUGCAGGAGCAGGCCCUGGCGGUCUCGUUAUCCCACACAUCCUGCAAGUCGCAGUCUUGUGGGGGUGGCUCCCACUCCUCUUCCUCCUCCUCCUCCUCUUCUUCCUCCUUGUGCCACGGAAACUCAGGGGACUGGGACCCCAGCUCUUUCUUGUCUGCUCACAAGCUCUCGGGCCUCUGGAACUCGCAGCACACCAACGGGGCCGUGCAGGGUAGCCCCCUCGGGGCCCCCCCUGCUGCACUAGGUGACAAGCACCCUGGCCUCUCUCUCUCUCCGGAGUGCACCAGCCAGGCGUCUGCCAUGGCGCCAGGGCUCAAGGCCUGUCCCUACAGCCACGCGGCCUCUCCCACCUCCAGCAGCACCGCCCCGGGCUCGCUUCUGCCUACCUCACUCGACUUCUGCAAGACGCUGCCAAAGCAGUUCAAAAGCAUGUGCCGGAGGGCCACCCCGCCAGGUGAGGCCUUCCACUCCUCAGAGCAUCAUCAGCACUCCGACCUCACUGCUCCUCCCAACAGUCCCACCGGCCUCCCCUCCCAGCCACCAGCGCUGAUCCCUUCCAAGCAGACGCCUGCCCAUCCGGGGCCCUUUGGCUCCCCACCCCACGUCCCACUGGGCACCUCCCCACAGGCUACACUCUUCCCUGCACCCAGCACACAGGCAGCAGCCCUGAAGCCGGUGUCUGAGUCACCUCCCGCUGGCACGGUCUCGCACAGCCCAGGGUCGUGUAAGAGCCCUCACCUGCCCCCUGCCAACGUGCCGCUGCUGAAGAUGCCGCCUCCGCUGUCGGGCUGCACUCAUCCCUGCAAUGGGCACUGCAGUACUUCACUCAUCCCUCCUCCCACCUCCCACCAGCUGCCCAGUACGAACAGGGACCCCUCUUGCAAAGGGCACAAAUUCCCAAACGGUACCAGCUGCCACCCGCCACAGCCAUGCGAGGCAGAUGAGGGGCUCGGGGAGGAUGAAGACAGCAGCUCGGAGCGCAGUUCCUGCACCUCCUCCUCCACCAACCAGAAAGACGGGAAGUUCUGCGACUGCUGCUACUGUGAGUUCUUCGGCCACAACGCGCCCCCGGCCGCUCCCACGAGCCGCAACUAUGCUGAGAUCCGGGAGAAGCUGCGUUCACGCCUCACCAAGAGGAAAGAGGAGCUGCCGCAGAAACUAGGGCACAACAGUAGCUCGGGAGAGCCUGCUGUGGACCACCGCAAUGUGGAUGAGCUAUUGGACUACAUCAACAGCACAGAGCCCAAGCCCUUGAACAGUGCCAAGGCAGCCAAGCGGGCACGGCACAAGCAGAAGAAGAAGGAGAAGGAGAAAGCCCAGCUGGAGGCAGAGGCCCAGAAGCGGGCAGAGCGUGCUCCUGCAGCCAGCCAGGCCAGGGAGCUGGCUGAGGAGAAGCUGCUGGAGUGGCCGGAGCUGGAGCUGGAGCGGGUGAACAGCUUCCUCAGCAGCCGGCUGCAGGAGAUCAAGAACACCAUCAAGGACUCUAUCCGGGCCAGCUUCAGUGUCUAUGACCUCAAUCUGGAUGUCAAUGACUUCCCCAAGAAGGCAGCUGUCCUAGAGCAGAAGAACCUGCUCUCCAACCUCAAUGGCUCCUCUGACCUGCAGGAUAUAGACCUGGCCCUGGCCCCACUCAGCCUGGGCCCCGCCAAGAGCCAUGCGCUGCUGCGGAGUGAGCUGAACCCCCGAUGGGGUGAGGGGCCCGGGGAGCCGCCGCUGGCCCCAGCGGGCGAGAACGGCGUGGUGAAGCGCCUCAGCGCUGUGCCCAGCCUCUCCCGCAUGAUCUGGGUGCAGUCCAAGGCUGCGGACUCUGCCGUGGACAGCAGCGGGCUGAGCCUGGAGCCCAAGGAGGGACAGCAGCCCAAGGGGCUGGAGCCGCUGGAGAUGGUGCCCGUGGGGAGCCGGCAGCGGAAGAGCAAGCGGCAGAGCGGGCAGACGAAGAAAGGGGAGGGUGCUGCCAUUGCGCAUGGCGGCCAGGCCCGGCUGGAGAGCCCUGGUGCGAAGGGGCAGGUGCUGGGAGCCAAGCACCCUUCCAAGGCUGGCGCCCUGGAGCCACAGCGGGUGGGCGACUGCACCGAGCCGGGGGAGAACGGCAAGGGGCAGCCCUGGGGCUGCAUCAGCAGCAGGCAGGAGAAGGAGAGAAGCGGCGAGUGGAAAGGCCGGAGGGGAGAGGGGAAAGCGGAGCUGCCGGAGCUGGCACAGCAGCAGCUGCCUGCCCUGGCUGCAGGGGACCGGCAACUGCCUGCCCCUGCUGCCCUGGGGGGCUCCCCCCAGCCCAAGGGCAAGAGCAGGAAGAGCCGAAACAAGGUGGAGAAAUCCAAUACCUCAAUCGAUGACGUGUUCCUGCCCAAGGACCUGGACGGGGCAGAGAUGGACGAGACUGACAGAGAAGUGGAGUAUUUCAAGAGGUUCUGCCUGGACUCGGCCAAGCAGACGCGGCAGAAGGUGGCGGUGAACUGGACCAACUUCACCCUGAAGAAAACCACUUCCAGUGCGGCCCAGUGAGGGGCGGCUGCCGCCCCCCACCCACGGCCGCUCGCCUCUCCUCACUGUGCCCCCCCCGCCCCGCCGGCCCCCGCCUCGCCUCGGUGGGGUCCCCUCCUCCGCGGGGGGGGUCCCCGGUGCUCUCCUGCCCCGCGGGGACCCCCGGGGUCCCCCCCAUCCUCCUCCUGCCCCCCCCCCGCGGGGUGACCCCGGCCGUCCCACCCCCCUCUCCGCGGGCGUCCGACUUCCCGUGCCGCGGGGAAGGACCGUGCUGGACCCAAUAAAGAACUUUUUAAUUUUUUAUUUUA